AUGGCAGGGCGUGAACGAUCCCCUUUGCCUCUGUCAAGAACCUGUCAAAACUGUGCACACGCGAAAAUUAAAUGCCAUCGAAAUCCCGCGUCGCCGAUAUGUGAUCGAUGCGACCGUCUCGGAAAAGAAUGCACCUUUCGACAAGCCAAACGCCGUAUUCAAGGCUAUCGCAAAGAUCAGUCGUCCAAUUGUACCAUGCUCAUCGGUCCUUGCAGCCGAAUCGAGGCAUUAGAGGCCAAGGUCAACGAGCUUCUUAACACUCAGAGCCAGUCAGGCGGAGAGCAAUCACAGUCUCCCCGCUCUAUCCCAGCUCAAAUCACCGAAGACGUAAUUAACUCAGGACUGAUCACAAUCGAGACUGCCAACGCUCUUCUACAUACGUUCAAGACGUACAUGACACCGCAUUUCCCGUUUGUCGUCAUCCCGACGCAUAUGCCCGCUGAGGAGCUUCGCCUGCAAAAGCCAUUUCUGUUCUUAGUUCUUCUGGCCGCUAGUUCGUAUGAUGACAUGCCAUUGCAACGGCUGUUAGGGAAAGAGGUGAACAAGUACAUUAGCGCUCGCGUCAUCAUCGGCGGAGAAGUCUCCUUCGAGCUAUUGCAAGGCCUCCUCGUUCAUCUAGCAUGGUGCCAAUAUCACAGCCGGCCUCGGAGGUACUCACAACUUUUAGCAAUAGCCAUUAGCAUUAUCGUCGACUUGAGGCUGGACAGGACCCCACAAACUUUGUCAUCAUGGAAAUCUGCACCCGGUCUUGUAUCCGAAGACUCUCCAAACCCAAGAGUACUAGACUCGGCCAAGAGUAGCUGGGGUCGAGACGUACAGCGAGCUGUGGCUGGUUGCUACUACUUAUCUUCCUCCAUUGCCGUCAUGCUGCAGAAGCUGAUCACAUUCCCGUACUCAACAUACAUUGAGGACACCUGUGUUUCACUCAAGGAAAAAUCCGAGUACGCCACCGACAAGUAUCUUGUCUACAUCAUCAAACUUCAGCGGAUCCUCGGUGAUAUCAGCCACCAGACUUCUGGACAUUUCAACUUGAUCGACCCAGACGCAGCUGUCGAAUUACACAUUACCAAACUUCGAGCCGAACUUGACAAUUUCCGAGAGCGACUUCCUUUUCCGAUGUCUGAGAAUCACUUACUGGGAAUGCUCUUUCAUACGGUUGAGUUGUAUCUCUACCAAAUCAGUCUACUAGACAAACACUGUGGUCCUAACGCAACACGAUCCAUACCUUGGUCCCCCUGGCGACAAGAAAUUCUCUCAGCGGGCUUGAUUUCUGCGAAAUCUCUUUUAGGGUUCUACAUCACAAUGCCAUUAGGUGCCGAAAAGUUGCUUAACAACACGGAGUUAAUCCAGAUCGGCUUUGCUCUCACCGUAUCCACAAAAUUAUCCCUAGUCGCGGGAAGCAGCUUGGUAACUCAGCAGUCGAGAAGCCUAGGCACAGUUCUUGACAUGUCGAGCGUCCUAAGAGAGUGCAUCGCUAGACUGGAAGCAUUAGUGACUGGCCGCGUAGACGCUUCCGGUGACAUGGACGUAUUUGGUCACUACGUCAAACGUGUCCAGAGGAUCCAGAAAUGGUACGAGUGGCAUUUUGCGAAGCCAGCUGCGGGCCCAGACCAAAGGGGCUCGGAGCGAGUAGACUCUAAUUUCCAACACCCCAACGCUCAAUACAGCACACAGUUCUCUCUAAUGGCCCAGCCAAUAGCAGAUGGUAUCUUCAACACCAGCACCGUUGUUGGCCCAACGGUUCCGGAUGCGAUAUUGAUGGAUGGCAUGUAUGACCUGCAAUUUGCAAACUUCUACUCUGACGCAACAUUUGAUGAAAUGAUGGGAGGAUGGAUGCCAGAUACCAUUGGCGGCACCUAUUGA